UUCGGAGUCAGUUGCUCUUAUGCUUGCCAGACAUUAACAACAACCACGCCGGGCUAUUGCUGCGCGGACCUCGUGACUCGAACGUCACAGGUGAUUCGAAGGACUUUCGAAUUUUUUCUUCUGUUACCCUGUGCGGACAAAGGACUCGGUGAACGAUUUCGCGGCCGACAUUACGACCGGCCGAAGAACAAGUGGUGGAACUGGGGCUUUUGUCGAUUUUAUUCGCGGACAUCCGUGGAUUAUAUUUCAGUGACUUGAACACAACGGGAGGCGAUCUUAUCCCUUUUUUAUUUAUUUUAUCCCUUCUGGAUAAAAAUGAUGGCACGGAGGGUGCGCGGUUGCUGAACGAUCGGAAUUUGAAAGAUCGUUCGGAAGCUUCGAAUUGCCGGCACGGAAAAGAAGAGUACAAAGUAUAUUGAAAAUAGUACAAAACAAACUAUCCGGAAGAGAUUCGAGGAAUUGUCGAAGUAUUUUUGUACACCGUCUUCGCGCAUAGAUAGCUCGAGCCUUUCUUAAGAAGCGCCGUCUCCUUGUAAUACUUGACGGAAGAAGGCAAUCUAAGUCGUCCGACCGUUGAUGUGACCGUUUAGUGUGCUAUUUUGCCAGUGACUGUGAUCCGAGCACGCUGUUUCUCGAGAGGAUCCAGCCCGGGGACAUCGAUCUGCGAAAAUGUGGAAGAGAGAGGUCGUGCCCGCGUUCUGAAACUCUUCGAAGCUGCGGUGGUCAAUUGGGACUGAAAGAGCAAUGACGAUCGACAGUUGAAUACUUGCCGCGAAAAUUCCGUGGACGUGGUGAUCGAGGGUUGGUUCCAGGGGGGGUUGUGGAUAUUAUGUUAGCAACGGGACUAUGUGUGUUUCUGAAGGUGGUGGCGUUGGCGGGAAGCGUCUCGGCGUUUCUGCCAGAAGUCUUCGAAGAUCCUGCCAGUCUGCAAAAGGAAUGCGCCUCCAAAUGCCCCGAUCUCGACUUGAAUCAGAACCGAACGGACGACUCGAUAUCAGAAGUGGGAUGCGGCGUGCGAUGCAAGAUCGAUCAGUGUACCAAAGGCUGCGAAGAAUGGCAACGAGCCCUCGAAACGAGUUGCCAAGCCGUCUGCAACGGAACGCAAGAGUUACUUCCGCCCAAGGAACUGUACUGCGUCCUGGGUUGUCACGACGCGUUGAAUCGUUAUUUUCAACAAUUGAAAGCGGAAAUAGGCAUUCCACCGGCGCCAGCGCUGGUAGCGGACUCCUUGACUGCGACCUCCCUGCGCCUCGAGUGGAAAGGAAUAGACAUCGAAAGACGCGGCGGAGGCAUCUCGUACUUGGUGCAAUGGAGAUACGAGGAGCUGGCCGAGACAUGGCAGUACUGUAGGAACCAAUCGUGGGGCGAAGACGAUCAGAUUCUGGUGGAAAACUUGCAACCGUACACGAAAUACAGAUUUCGCGUAGCAUUACUGUUGAAGUCGUCGCAACACAAUCCGGAGCCGAUCGUCUCCGCUGCGAGCGUCGUGAUACGAACGCUGGCGGCCGGUCUCCCGACCUCAGCACCGGUAAUUGUAAGAGCGGCGGUGGUUGACAGCUGCCGCGUCUCUGUGUCUUGGGAACCGGGCCCUUUCCCGAAUGGGCCACUUUUGUCUUAUGUCCUGCGUCUGCAAGGGGCUGACCACUCCCAGCUUAAGGACAUACCAGCGUCGGAGAAUACGGAUCAUUACAUGUUCCAAAAUCUCGAGCCCAAUAAGAAUUACUCCAUAAGCGUCACUAUGAGGAACGGCGUUGGCGAAGGUCCUCCUGCGAUCAUCUACAUCGCGACCACUAAAGAACUGGCUGUGAAAGAUACGCAGCAACCCAUACUGAUUCUUGGCGGGCAACACGUAGUCAUGAAACAAGACGCCGAUAUGCUGGACGAUCCUAGCGUGAUUUACGAAAACACAAGCACCAUUCACGGUGUCGCGAUUCACGUGGCUUCCGCGCAGCUGUUCGUCUCCGACUCCCUGGGAUACGUGUACCGAACGUCUAUCGUGAAACGCACGAAACCGACGGUGAUACUCAGUCCCAGCCAGGCAAACUUUAAGCCGUUGAGCCUGUCCGUGGAUUGGUUGAACCUUCACCUGUACAUUUUGGGCGAGGUGAAACACGCGACCACAGUUUGGCAGAUAGCGAGAUGCAACUUGGAUGGAAGAGGGUUGACGGUCGCGGUGGCGGGUUUCCUGACGAAACCCACGCACAUUGAAGUCGACCCCUACAACGGAUACCUGUUUUGGGUGACGAGAGGCGGUUUAUACCGAUUGGACUUGGCUGACAUAAGUAACGGAGUGAAGCACGAGGUUCAACCGUAUUUGAUCGUGGACGAUACAAACUUAGGCGCGUUCACUGUCGACCACACGAACUUUCGCUUGCUGGUGCCACACCACAUUCAGAACACAAUCCUGUCGGUUUCCUUGGACGGCCGUGAAGUUAUAAAUCUGCGGAAGAACACGCAGCAACCAAAGUUUAAGAACGUCGUCUCCUUGGCCAUGGCGAACGGCCUGUUUUAUUGGACAAACGGGGAGCAAGUUUUGAUCGAGGGAUAUCAUUCCGGGCAGAACAGAUACUUCCAUAAUGCUUAUCCUGACAGGUCGAACGGUUCAUUCGUCAGCGUCAAUGUACUUAUGGACGCGAGCCAGCCUGUUCCUGUCCCGGUGAACCCUCCUACGGGAGUGCAGGCAGUUCUAGGAGUGGAAAGAGCGAAAGUUUCUUGGCAGGCGCCCCAUCUGUUGGGUGGCCAAGGUAAGGGUGCCUGGCAGAAUUGGUCGUACGAACUCGAGAUCAAAGACGAGUCUACCGGGGAGACGAUACAUCAGAAGGAUAUCGCCGGCUCGUCUCAUACCGUGCACGAUCUACGCGAGAAAUCGGAGUAUUCGAUCAAAGCGGCCGCUUACACGAGCGCUGGUAGAGGACCGUGGUCCACCGAGUUUAGAGGCCGAACGUUACGGGACGGUUCGCACGCGUCUAUUCUCUGGUCGGCGAACGAGGGCUUGCUGAGGAGCGACGUAACCGGCGAGAACAUCGACACCCUGAUCUACAAGGCGAGCCUCAAGGAAGCGGAGACCGAUUACCACAUCGUCGACGUGAGCUGGUACAAGGACGUUCUCUACAUCGUGGGCAACAACACCGCCCUGUAUCGAUACAACAUCACCAGCCAUCGGAAAACAAAGAUGAACAUUCACUCGGUGGGAAGCGUCGCCGUCGAUUGGAUAUCGAGGAAAUUGUACUGGGCCAAUCCUAAACAGCAAAUCAUAACGAGGGCAAAUUUAAACGGAUCGCACCAAGAGCCAAUGUCGAUUCUGGCUAUCGUUAAGGAGCUAAUGAUCGACUCGUUGGAGGCGUACUUGUACUGGUCUACGGGCCACGCCGUAGAAGUUGCCCGUCUGAACGGCCAAGACCGACGAUACUACCAUUCGGACGAGAUAUUCAAUGGUAAACAAGUAAUGGGUUUAACGCUGGAUACCGAGAACAGAUACGUUUAUUGGAUCGUUCGAAGUUACGAGAGCGGAUCGAUCGUAUACCGUGCGCCAACAUCGGAGAGGAUUCCUAUGAGCCAUAAAAUAGUGCCCGAGAAGGUCUCGGCUCUGCAACACCCGAACAUGCAAGGACCACUUUGCUAUUUCUCGGAGCAUCUACUGUGGCUUCAGGACGAUCGUAACGCGGUGAUAGGCGACUUAUCCGGCCAGAAUACCGCCGUGAUAAACGGCAUCACCCUGUCGGGUCUCCAUAUGGUGGCGGUCAUGGAUCCGGCGCUUCAUCGUUACCCGAACGAUCUUGCGUCGGACACGGUCGUUGUUUUACCAAAGGCGGUCAACUGCAACAGUAUUAGAGUAGAGGGUACCUGGAGGAACUUCAAUAUAUCGUGGGACCCCGUGGACAACAUUAAUUACGGGACCGUGUUUUACGAAGUGAAGUUCGCGGACUACAUCAACACGAACUCGAAUCCGGAGAUAACGACGGAGACAUCGAUGCCGUACAACAAUUCCGAGCAAAUUCUGCCUUAUUCUAUUCUGGAGGUGACAGUGAAAGCGUUCACGUACUGGGAGACAGCGCAUCACACGCGGAAGACACUGCGAUCGCCGGAAAGCGUGCCAAGCGAGCCAACGAAUCCGAGGGCGUUCAUAGAAUUCCAUAAGGAGCCCCUUAGCGAGAGCGUCGAUAUAUUUACAAUAUUCAGAUGGAACACGCCGCAGUUCGCAAACGGCCUGAUCGUCGGGCACACCGUCCAAUGUUGGAACGAUCUUGAGAUCCAAUUCUGCGACCAGUCGCUUAUUUCCGAUCAAUUGGAGUACACGGUGCACGAUCUGGAACCGAACAUGACGUACUACUUUCGUGUCCGAGCUCACACGAAAAUCGGCCCGGGACCGUAUUCCAAUGUAAUCAACGUGUCGACCGUUUACGAAAAUCCGGUGCCGCAGUUGCUGGUUGCCACCACGGACGAGGUGAGGAUCUCCGAUUUGGAUCAAGAAAAGAACGACACUCUGACGCAGCACGUCGCAGUCGAGCUGGCAUAUCUGGCAGCCGACAGUAAGGUCUAUUGGAUAAACGACAUGCCGGAGCUGGUGGCCGCCGAUCUGAACGGCGCGAACGCUACCAAAAUCUUAACACUGAACAACAGCGUUCUCAGCUUGACCGUCGAUUGGGUGGCGAGGAACUUGUACUGGUCAGAGUCGGGCUACAAUGAAAACGGCGAUCAAAUCGUUAAGUUGGACUUGACGAUGUGGCAAGCGGGGCUUCUCAAGUAUGACGUAAUUUAUGCCUCGAACAGACGCAUCCUGAAUCUUGAUAUUCUACCAUCCACAGGAUCAUUAUACUGGAUCGAGCUGACGAAGAACGACAGGGGCGUGAUCGUGCAGUCGGAUUUAAACGGGAAGACGGAUCAGCCGUUCUUCAAUCGCAAGGAAGACUGCUCCUGUCCGUAUAAACCAUCGGUAAUCCCCGUGAUGACGAUCGACAGCACCACGUCCCAAAAGCCGGUCAUGUACUGGAUCUCCUUGGAAGGACACCUGAACAUCGCUGACAUUAACGGUUGCACGUGCAGCACGAUAGUGAGCGCUGACUUCAACAGAGGAUUGCCGCCGACAUCCCUGACCGUGGACAAGAAGAACAUCUACUGGUACAAUUUGGAAGAGGGACAGAUUUAUUUCAUGAACAAAGAGUAUCCCGACGACGGGAACAUCUUGCACAAUUACCUGCCAGCCGUGAGGAGCAUCAAAGCCUUGGGGAAAUCGUUGCAACCGUAUCCGCCAACGAACUGCCUGAUACCCCGCCCGGUGUCCUACAACGUGAAGGAGGUCAACAAAACCGGAGACACCAUCACCGUGAGGCUUCCUCAGCCUGUUCCCCAUAUCGGUUGCGAGAAAUACAGUCUACCGACGAGUUUGUACACGAUAUACGUGUCCCAGUGUCUGGAGAACGAGCCCGGAAAAUGCGAGAACAGCGACGAGACGAGGCUGCAGACUUACGAGAAAGAGUACACGAUAAGAGAUCUGAAGCCGUUCACGAAGUACAGGCUGACCUUAGCGUUGAGCAACUAUUACGCUGACUUAGAAUCGACUGGUCUAGAAUUCGGCUCCGGUAUAGUCCUGAGAACCGGAGCCGGGACGCCAACGGCACCCGAGAACGUGACGAUUCAAGCGCUCACGCCGACUUUGGCGAUCGUUUAUUGGAUGCCGCCGAGGAUAUUGAACGCGGAGGCGGUUCGGUACGAGGUGCACUGGAGAUUGGUCCGGUUAAUAAACGGAGCACGGCAAAAGGGUGAGCAGCUGGUAAAGAGUUCCGAGAGGACGGCCGACGGUCGAUUCUUCGCCAUGCUGGAGCCAUGGCUGCCGGGCCAGGAGUAUUUGGUGUUCGUUCGCGCGUAUCCCGUCCACUUGGGCCUAAGUCCCGACGUUUACAGCCAAAGCCCGGACAAAGAAGUGAGGAUGUUCCCGGAACCGAACAAUCUGACGCUGAUCGAUGUUACCGUGAACAGUAUGAACGUGUCGUGGUCGCCCACCGUCAAUUUGACGAUCAAGUACACGUUAGAGUACAAGGACGUCGCUGUCGAGCACUGGCAGGUUGCGAACAAUUCUCGGGUGGAGAAGGACAAAGUAAUGUAUUUCGUUGAUAAGCUGCAGCCACGUACGUUGUACAAAUUCCGAUUGCUUUUGAAGUAUCCGAGUUACAAGAAGGAUUUCGUGUGGCCGAUGGAUGGGAAGUUCACGUUUCAAACGUUAGGCGAUGUACCCAGUGCUCCCGGUAUGCCUACGGUGACGAAACUUCGCAAUUCCGUCUAUCAACUGAACUGGGAGCCCGCGCAAGCACAUGGCUCCCAAAUCACCGUGUACCGAGUCGAGGGCAUGAAGGUGAACGAAAUCAAGGAACAAAUCGACUCGAACGAGAACGCCAGCUGGAAAUUGUAUUACAAUGGAACGGACAAUUAUUGGAUAAUCACGGGCGAUAUGGACGGUAAAUAUCGGUUUCGGAUUCAGGCCAGGAACGCGUACGGAUUCGGUGCUUGGAGCAGAUCCAGUCCGAUCAUUGAUUUGACAGAGACUACUGGCGGCAUACUGGCCGCACAGCAACAUCUAGGACUGGUAUUAGGGUUCAGCGUUCCCGUUAUUACUAUAAUGCUGAUAUGCUUCUGUUACUUUCUUUGCCCAGUGUAUCGGCAGCGCAAGGAGGACAAAAAGGCAGUUUUACCCCCUUUGGUGAGCGACGUGGAGCUAGCCACCCUUCGGGAAAUACCGCGAGGAAACUUCGUUCAGUCCAACGCCCUUUACGCGUCCACCUUGCAAAACGAUCCCGACGACUCUACUCUCCCUAAAAUCAGAAGGGAGCAGAUUACGUUGGCUAAAUUCUUGGGAAGUGGAGCCUUUGGUGAAGUGUUCCAAGGUAAUGCGAAGGACUUGGAGAGGCCGGGAAUCACGCCGGUCGCGAUCAAAACGCUCCGGAAAGGAGCAUCGGCGCAGGAGAAAACCGAAUUUCUUCAAGAAGCCAGACUGAUGAGCCAUUUUCGUCACAAACAUGUGCUCCGACUUCUUGGAGUAUGUUUGGACACGGACCCACCGCUAUUAGUAUUGGAGCUGAUGGAAGCAGGAGAUUUGUUGAGCUAUUUAAGAGCAAGUCGUUCGUUACAACCCGCAGACCCGCACGCUUUGCGUCUGCAGGAUUUGUUAGCCAUGUGCGAGGACGUUGCAAGAGGGUGUCGGUAUCUUGAAGAACUUCACUUCGUGCACAGAGAUCUUGCGUGCAGGAACUGUUUGGUCUCUGCCAGAGAUAGAGAAAACCGGGUCGUCAAAAUCGGUGAUUUCGGACUUGCAAGAGAUAUCUAUAAGAAUGAUUAUUAUAGAAAAGAAGGAGAGGGAUUACUACCUGUUCGUUGGAUGGCUCCUGAAUCUUUAGUGGAUGGAGUGUUUACAUCUCAAAGCGAUGUAUGGGCAUUUGGUGUGUUAAUGUGGGAGAUUACCUCCGUAGGACAACAACCAUAUCCCGCCAGAACAAAUCUUGAAGUGUUGCAUCAUGUGCGUGCAGGUGGUAGAUUGCCUAAACCUCUGAAUUGUCCUCCCGCAUUGCAUCAAUUAAUGUUGCACUGUUGGAGUGCCGCUGAUGCUAGACCAAGUUUUAAAGUUUGCCUCGAGAGCAUAGUUAGUCAUCGAAGCACUAUAGAGGAUGCGCCAUUGAUUCCUGUACAUGCUGGCCAUUAUUUAGCAAGAAGAGGAAAUUCAUGGAAGUCCAGUAGUUCAGAAGGCAGUCGAGAUAUGCAGCCAUUCCUUCAGAAUUCUCAUAAUGGAACACAAUCCAGCGAAAUACCAAAAUAUUUGGAACUACUAGCAGACAAUGAAGAUAUUAUUUUAAGAGAAAAUUCAACCAGUGGAUACGAAGUACCUCGAUCGAUUCAUAUUUCUGAUCAAAAUUUGGGUAAUGUGAAUAAAACUAAUACAAAUACGGAUUUAAAAGAUAAUUUACAUUCUGAUACUUUACAAGAACAGAAAGAAUGUCUGUCCGAUGAUAAGGAUCAAUCAGUAAAAAGAUGUGAUAAGAGGUCUUCGGUUUCAAGUUUAAAUUUACCAGAACGUAAAAGAGCAUCGAUUACAAGCGUGACUGAGAAAUGUAAUACUUUAGAUAGUUCAAAAUUAACUAAUCCCACUAUUAAAGCGAUUUUGAAAAGGGACUCUUUUACCUCUUUAACUGACCACAGAAGAAGUACAAGGAGCACGACUGAACGACGAGGCUCGGAAAUAAGCUUAGAGGGUCGAAGUUCCAGUUCAUUGAGUUCAAAUAUCAGUUUAGCCCCACCUACACGUCCCAGUUCGUCGUUAAUUAGCUCACAAAAUGUUCUGCCAUUGAAAAACAGUGUUAUGGGUGGUACCGGAGAAUCUGCGUUCAAUGAUAGUAGCAUUACAAAAAAUACAUUACCAAAAAUUCAAAGGACUCAUUCUAAUUUACAAAACGGCAAAGCUAAUAUUCCGUUGGUGAUAAAUAGUGCAUUAUUGAAUUUAUUAAGGCAAACUCCGGUGGAAGACAGUAAUAAUAUUGUUACGUAUACAAAUAUAAAUACAGAUGCUGUUAGAGUAAAUGGAUCGUGAAGCUAUUGUUGUUAAAAGAGGGAUGUUAUUUUGACAAUCAUGUCUUUAGCUACAUGAAAACUGAAAACGUGUGAAGUUCCAUAGCUUUAAACUGCCAUAAUAACGUGUGUACAUAUUUAAAUUUUAAUACUUGGAAGCUAUUUUAUAUAUGUAAGUCAUGGCAGAAAA